GAAAGCUGCUAGCAGAGCUAGCUUGUUGUUGUUCUGGUGUGUGAGGAGAAUAUUUGAGGCUCUGCAGUAAAAAUGUCUUCACUUCAGUCUCUGGGAGAGUUGAUCAGCUAGAGCGACUAACUGCUGCUGCAGCAGAAAUCUUCUCACCAUGCUGUGGAAACUUUCUUCUCCUCCUCAAACACUUGGUGAGUUCUUUCCAGAACCAGAGAAGAUAUUCUGCGGUCUUCGUGACAAUCGGAGCUCCAGAAUCAGUUGUAGCUAAACACGGCUAAAGAAAACCUGCUACCACUUCAGGAUCAUCCAUCAUCUGGGACUGCUUCAUCGUGUGUUCUUCACCACCUGGACCUGGACAGCAUGGACACAGAUGUUCAACAGCUGGUGCUGGUUAAAGAAGAAGAUCCUGAAGAACAGAGUGCUGGUGCGGACCAGCAGGACCCAGAACACCUCCACAUAAAGGAGGAACAGGAGGAGCUCUGGACCAGUCUGGAGGGAGAGCAUCUCUGUUUGAAGGAGGAGACUGAAGCUGUCGGGUUUCCUGUUACUGCUGUUUCUAUAAAGAGUGAGGAUGAUGAAGAGAAACCUCUAGUCUCACAGCUUCAUCAGCAGCAAAUAGAAGACAGAGAUGUUCCAACCAGCAGCUCAGCUGACCAGAUGACAGCAGAAACUGGUGGAGGAGCUGGAACUAGCAGGAACCCAGAUCUGAACCCUCAUGAACAGACAUCUGAUUCUUCAGAGACUGAAGUUAGUGGAGAUGAUGAUGAUGAUGAUGAUGUGAAUCUGGACUCUGAGCUGUCAGACUCUGGGUCUGAAACUGGAGAUGACGAUAAUGACUGGAAUGAGAGCAGGUCUUCUGAGUCAGAAGCUUUUCAACAGGUGUUGCUGGUUAAAGAAGAAGCUCUAGAAGAACAUAGCACUGGUGUCAACCAGCAGGACUUAGAUUUUCUCCACAUAAAGGAGGAACAGAAGAAACUCUGGCCCAGUAUGGAAGGGGCACAUCUCCAUUUGAAGGAGGAGACUGAUGCUGCCAGGUUUCCAUUCACUGUUUCUUCUAUAAAGAGUGAGGAUGAUGAAGAGAAGCCUCUGUUCUCACAGCUUCAUCAGAAGCAAAUAGAAGACAGAGAUGUUUCAACCAGCAGCGCAGCUGACCAGACGACAGCAGAAACUGGUGGACUAGAAACUAGCCGGAACCCAGAUCGGAACCCUCAUGAACUGACUGAUGAUGAUGAUGAUGAUGAUGAUGAUGAUGCAAAUCUAGACUCUGAGCUGUCAGACUCUGGGUCUGAAACUGGAGACCGAGACAAUGACUGGAAUGAGAACAGGUGUUCUGAGCCAGAUUUUAAGACUGUCAACAAAUCCUUUAGUCAUAGGACACUUUUAAACAGUCACAUGAGAGUCCACACAGGUCAGAAGACUUUUGCUUGUGAGUUCUGUGAAAAGCAAUUUAGCUUAAAGUCAACUUUAAACACACACAUGAGAGUACACACAGGACAGAAGCCUUUCGCCUGUGAGUUCUGUAGCAAAAGAUUUAGCCAAAAGACAACUUUAAAUAAUCACAUGAGAGUCCACACAGGACAGAAGCCAUUUGCUUGUGAGCUCUGUGGAAAAAGAUAUAGCGUAAAGACAACUUUAAACAAACACAUGAGAGUCCACACAGGAGAGAAGCCUUUCGCCUGUGAGCUCUGUGGAAAAAGAUAUAGCCAAAAGACACAUUUAAACAGACACAUGAGAGUCCACACAGGACAGAAGCCUUUUGCUUGUGAGCUCUGUGGAAAAAGAUAUAGCCUAAAGACAACUUUAAACACACACAUGAGAGUCCACACAGGAGAGAAGCCUUUUGCCUGUGAGCUCUGUGGAAAAAGAUUUAGCAAAAAAACAAAUUUAAACAGACACAUGGGAGUCCACACAGGACAGAAGCCUUUUGUUUGUGAGCUCUGUGGAAAAAGAUAUAACCUAAAGACAACUUUAAACACACACAUGAGAGUCCACACAGGAGAGAAGCCUUUUGCCUGUGAGCUCUGUGGAAAAAGAUUUAGCGAAAAGACAAAUUUAAACAGACACAUGGGAGUCCACAAAUGACAGAAGCCUUUUGCGUGUGAGUUCUGUGGACGAAGAUUUAGCCGAAAGAAAACUUUAAACAAUCAUUUAAGCAUCCACUAGGGCUGGGCGAUCUAUUGUAGGGGUCUUCAAACUUUUUUGGUCCGUGAGCUACUUUUACACAGUGAAAGUACAGCAGAGUUACUGCCAUAUGAUUUAUUUACAUUGAUACUUUCCAUUUGUGAAUGUGCUUAUGUUAAAAAUGCUAUACUUACUAUAUUAACAUGCAUUGUACUCACAAGUUGAUUUCUCCAUAUUUCAGUACAUACAUUGUUUUUGUAUAAGUAAACUAGUGACAUUCUGAAAUCCAAAUUAAACAAAUUAUAUGUAGUUUUUUAAACUAAUCAAAUACUUCCGGAUAAUGAAUAACAAAUCUACUUCAUGUGAACGAUUUGAUAAUUUUUUUAGAGGUUGGUAACAUAAGUUGUUGAGCACACAGAAACGGCUAACAUGUAAAGAUGAAUAUAUUUUAUAUAAAAUACAAGCUAAAUGUGAUGAAAACACAAAAGUCUAAAUAUUUUUGAAUUGAAAUAAAUAAGAUUUGUUCCUGCUCUCCUGAUUUAAUGAAUAAUUUUAUGGGGGUUUUUUUUUUGGUCAUGAAAGUUAAGUUUUGCUGCGUUUAUUGCUGACAAUAUGUAGGUUGGAGAUUUAUCCUUUUUUUCUGUAUCUUGUAGGUUUUUUUUACUCCACAGGUCUAAAAACUAAUUAAACUAAUUAAAAACUAAACUUUUUCAUGAUGCCUUCCAUUAACCUAUCCUUGCAUCUGCGGUCUACUAGGUCUUUAUCUGUACUGUGAUAAAUUUAUUCUAUAUGUAUUUUAUAUGUAUACCUAUUCUGUGCUGUUUUAUCUUUGUUCUAUAUUUUAAAGUAAAUAAUUGUACUUUAUAUGCUUUUAUUUUUGUGUACUAUGUUCUGUGUCUUUAUUCUUUGAUUUUAUUUUACACAAUAGGAUGUGACAUUUUAACUAUUUCAUUUCACUUGUGAUUGUUUUAACUUUGUGAAGCACAUUGGGCUACCGUUUUGUGUAUGAAAUGGGCUAUAUAAUAAACUUGACUUGAGGGAG